AUGGCGUCGCUCGUGGCGGCCGCGGCCGCGCCGCGACCGCGCGGCGUCGGCGCGACGCGAGGCGACGCGCCGCGCGCGCGAGUCCGCGCGCGCGAGACGACGACGACGACGGCGACGAGCGGGGGGACGUCGUCGGCGGCGUUCUCGCCGCUCGCGCCGCGUCGCCGCGUCCGCCGCGACCGCCGCGUCGCCGCGCCGCCGCGCGCGAUGUACGACGACGGAGACGACGACGUUGGCGCGAGGUCGCUCGACGACUACGAGUUCGCGGACGACCUCGGCCUCCGAGGGCCGUACCGCGAGAGGAGAGCCUUCGACGCGGUGGAGUGGCACGCCAUGCCGCUGUCGCGCAGGUGCAAAGACGGCCUCGCGGUCGUGGAUCGCUCGGGGGUGUGGAUCGUCGGCACGACCAUCGGCGCGCUGAUCAUCUCGGUGAGCGAGACCCACCUCGCGGCCCGCGCGACGACGGACGGCUUCGCGCGCGACCGCUCCUUCCCUUUCCGCGCGGUGUUUCUGUUCGAGUUUAUCCUUCGCGCGUGGAGCGAGGGGUUCGAUCUGAACUACCUGCGGUCGCCCGUCGCGCUCGUGGACUUCGCCGCGGUGCUGCCGUCGCUCGAGCUGUUCAUCGGAGGCGGCGGCGGCGCGGCGGCGGCGGCGCUGCGCCCGCUGCGUCUCUUCCGACUCCUGCGUCUGCUGCGCCUCGUCGAGGCGAAAAACGGCGGGCUGAGCGGCGACGCCGACCGCAUGACGGAUAAGGUCACGAACGUCGCGGUGGAGUUUCUGUGCGUGUUUCUCCUCGCGGGAGAGCUCUUCUACGACCUGGAGUACGAGGUCAACGACAACAUCAGCGACGUCGGCGACGCGCUGUACUGGAGCUUUCUGACGCUGACGGGCAUCGGGCAGCCGUUCGAGGCGGUGACCGCCGCCGGGAGAGUGGCCACCGUGGGAAGCAUCCUCACCGCGCUCGUCGUCGUGCCGCUUCAGGCGCGUUCAUAUUUACACUGGUUCCCAUACGACCGCGUCGGCGCGGUGCACGCCGAUCCUUAA